UCAAAACUUUGCACUUCCAUUUUCCACUACCAAACCUAAACCAAACCAAAAGCCAAAAAACACAAAACAGCCAUCUUCUCCGGUGGGCAGCCACCUCCAAAUUCUUCAGGGCCGCACACGCGUCCCUGCAACAACCACAUACGCAAAUGGAGACGCCACUGCUUCACGGAGUGAGCGACGGCGAGUUCCAUGACUACGAGCCGGUGAGGAGCUUCAAGGAUGCUCGGUCGGUGGCGUGGACUGAAACCAAGAAGCUGUGGAAGAUUGCAGGGCCCAUCGCCUUCACUAUCAUCUGCAACUAUGGAACCAACACUGCUUCCACCAUGUUUGUCGGCCAUCUCGGAAACCUAGAGCUCUCCGCCGUCUCCAUCUCUCUCUCCGUCAUCAGCACCUUCUCAUUCGGUUUCAUGCUUGGCAUGGGGAGUGCAUUAGAGACGCUUUGUGGCCAAGCUUUCGGGGCCGGACGUGUGCACAUGCUCGGCGUUUACAUGCAAAGAUCAUGGAUCAUUCUGUUCACGAGCUGUGUUAUACUCACGCCACUCUAUGUCUUCUCCGGCCCGAUUUUAAAGCUUCUUGGGCAGGAAGAUGACGUGGCUAAUCUUGCCGGAUCAUUCACUAGAUAUUGCAUACCGCAGUUGUUCUCACUUGCCUUCAACUUCCCUGCCCAGAAGUUCCUUCAGUCUCAAAGCAAAGUUCUCGUGCUUAUGUGGAUUGGAUUCAUCGCGCUUGUUGUACACAUUGGAUGGCUUUUUCUAUUCGUUUACGUGUUCGAUUGGGGUAUUUAUGGUAUAGGCAUUGCGUUUAGCUUGACAGGUUGGGAAACUGUGAUUGCUCAAAAUAUUUACAUAAUGAACUGGUGCAAGGAAGGGUGGACAGGGUUUUCUUGGUUGGCGUUCAAAGACAUAUGGGCGUUUGUCCGGCUAUCACUUGAGUCGGCCGUGAUGCUUUGCCUGGAGAUUUGGUAUAUGAUGAGUAUAACUCUUGUUACAGGCCACCUUAAUAAUGCCGUGCUUGCUAUUGAUUCGCUCACUAUUUGCUUAAAUUUCAACGGUUUGGAAGCAAUGUUGUUCAUUGGCAUCAAUGCUGCUAUAAGUGUUCGAGUCUCCAACGAACUUGGAUUGGGACGUCCAAGAACAGCUAAAUAUGCAGUCUACGUGACGGUUGGUCAGUCUCUGCUCUUCGGAAUCAUUUGCAUGAUUCUGAUCUUGAUAACCAAAGACUACUUUGCUGUCCUGUUCACAACCAGCAAGGAAUUGCAACAUUCUGUUUCCAAUCUAGCAGUUCUUCUCGGAGUGACUAUGAUUCUCAAUAGCGUCCAACCAGUUAUUUCGGGUGUUGCCAUCGGAGGCGGAUGGCAGGGACUGGUGGCUUAUAUAAACUUGGGUUCUUACUACAUCUUCGGGCUUCCACUCGGUAUCGUUCUUGGCUAUGUAGCAGAUUGGGGAGUGAAGGGAAUUUGGGGAGGCAUGAUAUGCGGGACUGCUCUUCAAACAUUGAUGCUUGUGAUUAUACUCUACAGAACCAACUGGACUAAGGAGGUUGAACAAACAACAGACCGGAUGAAGAAGUGGGCCGGGCAGAACUACGGCGACGAGAAGAUAGAUGGUGUUAGUGUAUAAAGAAAUUCAGAUCAUGGUUUCUCCUGAGCACCUAAAAUCUCCUAAUUAAGCACCCUUGCUUACUUGUAACUUUUUGCGUUGGAAUUUUUAAACCAAACUUGGUAACUUUCUAGGCAGGAAAUUACCUGCCAGAGGAAAAGACGUUUUUUACUUCCCAAUUGUGAGUUCAAUAAGUUAAUCUGAAUUCCCAUAAAAUUUUAAGGGUUCUGUUU